AUGGCCGCUCUCGCUCUGGCGAAGAGAGGGUCGAACUUCGACCAGCUGAUCUUCUUCUGGGGUGCCGGCGGCGUCGGGCUUUCGCUGGCGACGGCCCGUCUCGACGCCGUGCUCGGCCGCUCCAACCAAAAGUAUCUCGACCCGCAGGUGUUCUAUCUUGACGAGGAGAUGCGGAAGACGGUGGAGUCGCUCAGAGGCACGAUCGUUCUCACGGCGCAGGAGAUGCCAGAAGGCUUGCGGAAGAGCUUCCGGGAGGAAUUGUUCAAGAAGCUGGCGUCUGCCGACGGCAUCUUUGGUGGGCUCCCGUAUCAGAUUUCGACACAGAUUAUAUACCUGGUCGGAUGGAGAUGCAUGGAGCUCAACGAGCUCAUCACUUUCGACGCAGUCACUGAGGGUGCAUUCCACGCCAUUUACCGGAGGUCUCUUCUGAUCAAGAUUUAUGCUAGGUUUGUUGAUGCGGAGUUCAUCGGGCGCGCCCUGCCGGACGCAGAGAAGUACGGCACCUUCCCGCGGGCGCUGGGGCUGAAGCCGUUCAUGCAGUCGGGGCCCGCCAUCGCCGCUGGUCUGCAACGACAGCAGGGCUUCGAACGGAAAUAUGGCGAAGCGGCGUCGAGGUCGGUGAUAGAUGACUAUUGCCAGCGCGGAGGAGAUAACGGGAUCAUGGAGAAACACAUGCGACAGGCGCGUCUUCUCCCGGGGCCGAGCAGGCCGAAGCCUGGCGGCCAGAGCAGCGCGGCUGCCCCGCCGCCCGGCGUCGACUUCGAGGUCGGAGCGGGCGCGUCGCAAGAUGCGCAGAUGCCCGAGCGGAAGUUCGACGCCCUGACGUUCUCUUAUUUCAAGCAUCUUCAUACGGUGCAGAUCCAAGGUUUGCCUGAGAGGAAAACCACAGUGUGGCAGGCGAUGGGCUCCGCCGGACGGGUGAAAGCCGGGGCGCAAGGCAAGGCGAAGGACAGACUUUUGCCGAAAUUAUCCUUCGCCCGCAAGUUCAUCGAUGUCGCGCCGACGCCGAGUUUGGAGGGGCCGACCGCCCUCCCAGAACAGUGGGGCCGCGCGGCGCUGCAGCGCUACGCGAGCGGCAACGCCUGCCGCAAGCGCAACGUCGAAAUCAUGGUGGCGGUCCUAGGGUCCGUUUCGAAGCAGCGCGGGCGGAGAAGCCGCGCGAACACCGCUGAGGCGGGCAGCGACGCUCAUCUGCGCGAGAUCGGCGUGCCUAUCCAGGCUGCGGAGGCGACUCUGGGCGCGAUGCUGGGGGGCGCGCGCGAGAGGCCGACGGUGGCCGCCGCCGAGCAACCAGAUGCGAAGAGGAGGAAAAUCGCUGUGAAGAAGAGCUUUAGCGCUGGCAGCGACUUGGCAGAGCGUGCCGCCCCUUGCGUUUACAAGCGCACUGCGGCCCGUCGCUUCGCGGACGUCCCGGCAGCGCAGGGCUGCCCGACGCGCGUGCUGCAUCCGAUGCUGCAGGGCACUGUAAAUCUCGACGUUCACUGCGCGGUUCUGCCAAUCGCCUGGCAACUCGUGGAGAAGAUGGACCUGGCGGAGAAGAAUAUGUUCGAAGAGGAGUUGACAUUGUUGAAGCAGCUGGCCGAGGACAGAGACGAGAUAUUGCAGAAGGAGUUGAAGAGCAUGGGGCGCCAGGUGGCCAAGCGCUUCGUGCUUGAGACCAUCGGCUGGUCCGGAACUUUCGACGUCGACGCCGAGCCCUUCGCCAAAAAGCUGCAGCGCGUCAGCCGCGUGCUGCGCUGGGUGGCGUGCUCUGCGUUGCCCGAUGCAUGCGAAAGCUUUUGCAGCGACGCCGAGCAGCGCGACGACAGGGAGAAAGAGAAAUGGCCGGAGGGGCAGACAUUCUCCACUUUCUACCAGCGCGCAGAGGACUACAUCCUCCGCCAGUGGCAGACGUGGGUGCCCAUGCAGCCGGUGGCGCAUUUGUCCUUGCAUUUCGACGGCGUGAGGGUCAGCAGGGGCGCGGUGUUUGCCAAGCAUGCCACGGCGGCAGACUACGCAGCUGACGCGAGUGCCUACAUCGCGCAGGAAACAGACUUCGUAGUGAAGAUUAAAGAGCAGACCCACCCGACGAUCGCACAGGCGCUGAUGAGCUGUGGGGCGUGGCGGCCUCUGGAAGCGGCAGCGGCGCCUGGCGACCUGCUGAGGCCCGGCAGUGGCAUUCUAUUAGCGCUGUGGCGAUGCGGCGCCACCUCAGUUGAGAGCAAUGCCGCCGGCGUCGAGAAAGGGAGAACCUACGCGGAGUGUUGCCUGGGCCACAAGUUUUCCAUGAAGCUAGCAGUUACGUUUCACGUUGAUCUGUACCCGGCGGCGCAGGCGCAGGCGCCCGACGAAGGCGACGGCGACGCCGGGCCCUUGGCGGGGCUCUCGGGCAUGAUGGCGUGA